AUGGACGACUUUUCCUCGGAGGGAAAGAAGAGCGACCCUGAACUCGCCCCGAUCGAUCGCACUGUAACAGUGCACGAAGGAUCUGAGAAGUUCCACAGGUUAGGUUGGAAACGACUCACCGUCUGCCUGAUUGUCGAGGCCAUUGCCCUCGGUUCGCUCAGUAUCCCUAGCGCCUUCGCAACGCUUGGUAUGGUUGCUGGUGUGAUCAUGUGCGUUGGGCUCGGCCUCAUCGCCAUCUACACAUCCUACGUCGUUGGCCAAGUCAAGCUGAAAUAUCCGCAUGUCAACCAUUACUCAGACGCUGUACAGCUCAUCUGGGGACGUUUUGGUUACGAGUUGACGGGUGUCAUGUUUGCAUUGUUCUUGAUCCUGCUAGUCGGGUCGCACGCCUUAACUGGAACCAUUGCGUUCAUCACCAUCAUCGACAACUACGCCAUUUGCGCACUUGUCUGGGGUGUCAUCUCCAUGAUCAUCCUGUUGAUCCUGUCUCUGCCACCGUCUUUCGCUGAAUUCGCUAUCCUCGGCUACAUCGACUUUGCCAGUAUUCUGAUUGCCAUCAUGAUCACCAUCGUCGCAACGGGUGUUCAAGCUCACGACGCGCCCGGAGGCCUCAGUGCUGUGAACUGGUCCGCAUGGCCACCAGCAGACGUUACAUUCUACCAAGCUUUCUUGGCAACCACCAACAUCAUCUUCGCGUACUCGUUCGCUGUCUGCCAGUUUUCGUUCAUGUCCGAAAUGCACACACCCAAGGAUUACGUCAAAUCUAUCUGGGCGCUCGGACUCAUCGAAAUCUUCAUCUACACCGUCACUGGUGCGCUCAUUUACGCUUUUGUUGGGCGUGAUGUGGGGUCACCUGCGCUACUGUCUGCCGGUCAUACCGUUUCGCGUAUCGCCUUCGGUGUUGCUCUGCCCGUUAUUUUCAUAUCUGGUAGCAUCAACGGCACCGUUGUUGGACGCUACAUUCUCGACCGUGCUUUUGCUGAAAACCCAACCAUUCGAUAUGUCAAGGGUAUGAAGGGUUGGAUUGUCUGGGUCGGUCUGAUCACCACCAUCACGAUCAUCGGCUGGGUCAUUGCUGAGGCCAUCCCCUUCUUUAACGCACUGCUUGGUCUGAUAUCCUCGCUGUUCAUUUCUGGCUUCACGUUUUACUUUCCAGCACUCUUCUGGUUCCAGCUCGUCAAAGUCGGCAAGUGGAAUGCGAACGCACACAACAUCGCCUUGAGCAUUGUGAAUGCCAUCUGUUUUGUGAUUGGUAUCAUAGUCCUUGGUUGCGGUACGUACGCGUCUGUGCAGGAUAUUUUGAGCCAGUACACAGGUGGCUCUGUGCGUAGCCCGUUCACCUGCGAUUCAAGCUCAUACGCGUAA